GAUGUGGGGUCAGAGCUGCUCUCGGACCAGUAUCCACAUUCAGGAAGUUGUGUCUGGGAAAAAAUGUUGUCCACGGAGAGUCAACUCCCUGCUGACGAAGUCUCAGUCUGCUAGGUUGUUAGCUAGUAGUAAUAUUACCCAAUACAUAGCCAUUUUUAAUCAGAAAAAGGGAAUGAUGGAGGUCGACUCAGUGUUCUACACUGAUCGUAGUGGAAGAGUCACCAGUAACCCACUGUUGGACCAGCUCCCUAGCUACCAGUCCCUGCUGUACCGCAGGAAGUCAUCGACUGGUGGCACCAAACGAAGAAGCAGCUCUAGAGCGCGACUUGGCUCCUCUGGCAGUGGGAAAUGGGCCGUGAGCACAGUCAGCAGACAUGAGGAGAAACAAAAGAAUCAGAUGGAGCAGAGACCCAUCAGGGAACUAGCCAAGACCAUGGUCGAGAAACGCAGAGACAAAACACAGCGCUUGGAGGAGGCUCAAGAGCUCAGCAGUUGGAGCCAGAUGAGACGAAGCACCCGCAGGUAUCUGAGGAGGCUGAGGGAUGAAGCCCAAGAAUGGCUGAGCUCCCUGCAGCUCUGGAGAGGAGACAUCCACCUGAUAGAGGGGAUGUUCGGCACAGGGAUCCUAUCUUACUUCUCCUUCCUGCGCUUCCUGGUCAUGCUCAACUUGAUCAUCUUUCUGCUCAUGUUCACCUUCGUCAUGUUACCCAUCAUCAUUGCCCCCCAUGCUUCAGGGAAUACCACCUACAACAAGAAUGAUGGAAGUGCGUGCAGUGUGUAUCCAAGCAGCGCCCGUCGAGGUCUGGUCAUCUUUCAUGAGCACAUUACAGAUCUGCUGUCUGGUGGAGGCUUUCUGGAACAGACCUAUCUCUUCUAUGGCUACUACAAGGUGGACAAAAUACACUUUCCAAAGACCACUUACAAUUUGCCGCUGGCCUACCUGCUGGUCACUAUAGCCUACUUGUUUCUCAGUCUCAUCUGGAUUGUUAAAAGGUCCGCCACAGGAUUCAAACGUAACCUGGUUCAGGAUGAGGAUCGCUUUCAGAGUUUUUGCAACAAGAUUUUUGCUGGCUGGGACUUCUGCAUCACUAAUGAGAACGCCGUGAGGCUGAAGAGAAGCAGUUUACUCUAUGAGCUCAGGACGGAUUUGGAGGAGGAGAGGAUCAAACAGAAAAUAGCAGAUCGCACCCGCAAACAGAGGUGUCGCAUUUACCUCAUCCGCCUCAUUCUCAACGUUUUUGUCAUCGCUGUACUGGCUGGUUGCUUCUACAGCAUUUAUGCAGCCACCAUCUUCUCCCAGGAUGCACAGAUGGAUAAAAUAAAGGAGAAUUUCAUUGUGGAUCUCAUCUAUGAGUACCUACCCUCAAUUGUUAUCACCUUGGCCAACUUCAUCACCCCCCUCCUCUUCUCCAUUAUCAUCAGUUUUGAGGACUACUCACCUGCCUUCGAGAUCCGCUUCACUCUCAUAAGGUGUGUCUUCAUGCGGUUGACCAGUAUUGGGGUUUUGCUCUUCUCUCUAUGGUCUCAGAUCACUAAAUGUGAAGGAGGGGCCUGCAUCUGUGGCUAUAACCAUUUGCUUUACUCUUGUUGGGAGACGCGUGUGGGCCAGGAGAUGUACAAACUCACCAUCUUUGACUUCAUCAUCAUUGUCGCAGUCACCAUCUUUGUGGAGUUUCCCAGAAAGCUGAUAGUGAAGCACUCUGACUGUGGCCUGGCUAAGUGGUGGGGCCCGCAGGAGUUUGCUAUUCCUCAGAAUGUGCUAGAGAUCGUCUACGGUCAGACCAUCUGCUGGAUCGGCACGUUCUACAGCCCGAUGCUGCCUGCCAUCUGCACUAUUAAAUACUUCUUUAUCUUCUAUAUCAAAAAGGUCUCGUUGAUAAACAACUGUCGUCCAGCCACACGUCCUUUCCGAGCGUCCAGCUCCAACUUCUUCUUCCUGGGUGUGCUGCUGAUAGGCCUGGCUCUGGCCUGUCUGCCUGUCACUGUUAGUGUAGCACAAAUAAACUGUUCCCAGGCCUGUGGACCAUUUGUUAAUUACAAUACCUCCUGGGAGGUGCUGCCAACGACAGUUUCCCAGCUACCCCAUGGAGUCCAAACACUCCUCUUCGCUCUCUCAUCAGAGGCCUUUGCUGUCUCCUUCUUCGUCGUUACAUGUUUGGCCAUGUUUUAUGUGAUCGCACUAGCUGGAGCUCACAAGAGAGUUAUUAACCAACUAAGGGAGCAGCUAGCCAUGGAGGGCCGUGACAAACUUUUCCUGAUCCAAAAGCUGUGCCAGGCCCAGAGGCUCUCAGCCAUCAAAUCCCCAGUGUCUAAAUCCCAGCCCCGCAGUAGCAAAAGCAGCCCCAGCUACCACACCAGCUUCUCCAACAAUUUCAAUGAAGGUGUGUUCCUGGCACACCCACCUCCUGACUCCUCCACUCAUGUGUGAGGCAAGGUCCUGAUAUUACAGAAAAAAGACUGGACAGAUGAAUUGGAGUUGAGAACUGUUUGAAUUAAUAUUUUAAAUGUCCUUUUAUUUUUUUUUUAAACACUACAACUUGGGAGUUUCUAUGGACCAGCUUACAUUAAUGUGUCUUGUCUUCUCCAUGUUAUUUUGUUGACUAUCUGAUUAUUAAAAACUAUUAAGAAGCCACAAUGUUCAAGUAUUUUUAAACCAGAGUAGUCGUUGCUGGUGAGAUGUUUUUGUUGUGUGUUUCCCUACUGUAUGUACUGUCAUCUUUUCCUUCUGAGAAGGACUUGAAUUAAUAUAACCACUGGAGUUUGAAAAACCUUUCUGAAUUUUAUGCACUUUAAAUGUAUUAACACUGGUGUUUUCUUACAACUUUUGUGUUUACAGAACUGUGUGUUCAUUGUGCAUCUUGUGUGUUUUUACAUCUGCCAUUUGUCUUAUUAGUCACUCUGUUGUUGCAUAAUAAUGCCAAGAACUAAUACAUUUCAAAAUACUAAA